ACAGGGUCGUCGGUUUGACAGGGCGUCGCUGCAGAAAUCAUCAUGUUCGCCGCGCACACGACCAUUUCGUGCGUACUGCUCGUCGCCGGAUUGUAUUAUUUCACAUUAAUCGACACAGCGGAGGGGAAAGUCGCCUGGAAGUGUAAAGAGUGUCGACCGAACGGCAAUGGCGGCUGCAUCGAUGAUCCGCCGCUCAACUUUUGCCGAUGGAACGAGACGCGAAAUAUUUGCAACCAGAGAGUUUGCGCCAAGGGACCAGGCGAAAGAUGUGGCGGUCCAAAGGAGAUAUUCGGCCGUUGCGGCGUUGGCAUGUGGUGUCAGCAACAACGCGAAGAUCGUUCGUCGCGCUGCCACGGCUGCUACGGCGACAGCAGCAACGAGUGCUACCACGAGGAGGACUAAGCGCUAACGCGCAUGCGCCGCCCUCAAUUGCCACAUCAGUAUUACUUCCACACACACCCCAACACACCACACACGCAUGAUUCCACAAAAACAAAACUCAACUGCAUACCAAGUGUUGUUUUAAUAUAUUUGACGACGCGACGGCCACAAGAUGGCCGCCGUACGAAACGACCUGACGACGAACACAAAAAAAGCUUAUGAAUGUGAUGUUAUUAUUAAUUGAAGCAAAAGAAGCGAUUAUAUUUAACAAACAAACGAACGAAGGUGAAGGAAAACAAAUUGUGAACGCAAAGAACAAACUUCCAUGGCGUUCUGAUUAAUUAAUUAAUCGAUCGAUUUGUACAUGUGAUGUUUAAUUACGAAUUAAUUACGUUCUUGUUAAUUAAUUUCACGCAUUAGCUAAAUAAUUACGAGGAGGUUUUUUUUCUUUUUUUCUUUUUGUUGUGUCAUUUUAACGAAACGCGCUGGAAAUAUUUAUUAUUUGGUCGAAAGCGCCCUCUGUGUAGCAUUACUUAAGUUCAAAUAGUUUUCGCGCAGCGCGAGCGAAACGUAGUCAUUAAUUAGUGAUAUCUACAUUUAUGAGUGUUUAAGUUUUAUGAGACGAAACAAAAGCCGAAACGCGCGUAUCAAACAAAUGAGCGGAAAAUGACGAUCUCAAAUUGAUAAAUGUAUCGAUUAAUUAAUUAAAAUGAUAUGUAUGAUAAUGUUGAUAUAUUGAUUAUGAUAUUUUAGCGGCGUCUGAUAGCGCAAAUGUGAUUGCAGAAUAAAAUGCAAGUUAUAUAAUAAAUUAUAUCAUAUUUCGAGCAUA